GAUAUUGCAACUUCAGGAAUAUUAUCUCUUCUUUUACAAGAGCUAUUGACUCGUUUGUUUUAUGACCGUUAAUAAAGCAGUAUUGACAGUAUCCAAAGACAUGGAAUCGAGCUUGGUCGAGGCAUAACUCGGUAAGAGACCUCCGCGAUAACGACCGUUCCAAUAUGCAAACAAAACAGGUUAUAUACCCAACGAAAUGUUAUCUGUAAUAAUGGCGACACCUACGAGAAAUUGGAACGACAUAGCAAAUAUAAACGGCGCCAUGCAGAUGACUAGCAGCUCACAAUACUUUUGUAAACAUUGAAUUGUGCGAGCUUACGAACAGAGUGUGCUAACGAGCAUGAUGCUAUGGUAAUUUCCACGAUCGGUUUCCAUCAAGGAAAGCUCACUUUAAGCUCUGUGCAUGUAUUCCUUUGUGCGCACUAUUAGCGCUCGGCUGAUUUACUGUUCGUUUGGUAAUGGUUUUUAUUAUUAGAUAAAUUAAGGCAGUGUAGUUAGUUUAGAUCUGUUAUGUCCCUGUUUGUUUAUUGGACACGUUAGUGGACAUAACGAUCGUUUCGCAUUUUUUGUUGUUCUUGUUCUUGUUUGUAUUCUUCUCGGUAUCGUUAUGAAAAAAUCGUAUUUCUCAAUGAAAACUGGACCAUUCGCUUUGAAAUUUUCAGUUUUGACAAGUCAUUUUCUUCAAGCUCUGUUAUAGUUUUGAAUGAUACAAAUUUAUCUCCCACAUAUUCAUGUUGCCAGGAUUCUUCGAGUACUUUUGCUGAGAUUUGAUUGAACGCUACGGAAAAAAUAUCUUGUCCACGGAUCGUUUGUUCCAUUUGCUGGUUACCCAUAUUCCGGGCCAUCCUGUGGAUGCAAAAAUUAUUAAUGCGGCCACUCCUACCCCCACGCUAACCAUGAUGCAUCAGAGCUCAAUUUCUGGGCCGGAUGAUUGCCAGAGUUUAUCUCCCCAGGAGGGUGCGAUUCUAUUGGGUGUUCUAAACCUGGAGGAGCUGCGUCAAAAACUGUCCCGCUUGCUGGAUAAAUCUGUCUCAAUGUCUUCACCAGACGAGGCGUUCGUCCAUCUUGAGGGGCAGUUGGUCUACCCGGGUCUCUGUUUCCAGAGUGGCGGACGCCAGCCCCCAAACCGUUAUUCACGUCCAGCCUAGAAACGGACCAAAUCAAACCAAGUGAAUGGCGAACGUGGGUAUCGGUCAUUUUUAACAUUCGAACUAUCGCUAGUAAUACGUCCCCAAUUUAAUCUGGUAGAGGAGUUCGUCAAGGAUGCCUUCUCUCGGCAAUCAUUUUUAACAUGGUGAUGGAAGUUCUUAUCCGGGGCGUCAAAUGUUUGCCGGACGUCAGUUACCAGUUACGAUGUGCGCCGUAUGUGACCGUCAACGGCCAGGGCUACGCAGACGAUUCUGCUCCGUGUGCGUCGUCGCGGCAACAGUUGGAGGCGCAACUUUCAAUGUGUGAAGAGUUCACGCGAUGGUCCGGAAUGCAAUUCAAACCAUCCAAAUGUCUUGUCCUUGCAUUGGUUCGGUCGGAAGGCACGAUGGUCGCGGACGGUGAGCCUUUCCAUCUCAAUGGCGGCGAGGUUGCUGUUCUCGGCCGGGAUGACUUCUAGAGUUACCUUGGCAAGAGUAUGUAUGAGAUACCGGAUCGUCGGACGAAAGCUGAACCAUGGACUGCGGUUAAAGAUGGAACAGUAGCAGGCAACACACCAAUGUAUCCACUAGUCAUUGAUGAAAUGAUGAAACCAUACAUUGCCAUACCUGACGCUUGCAAGAGCAAACCAGUUGCUGACGAAGAUUGCUUACAUUUGUCUGUGUAUACUCCGCAUCUGGAAAAAGGAAAAAACCUUCCGGUGAUGGUGUGGUGGUUUGGCGGUGGAUUCAGCAUGGGUUCUGAACGCUUGUAUGAUGGAAGUAUGUUGGCUGGAAUGAACGAUGUUGUCAUAGUUGUGCCUAACUAUAGACUUGGAAUAUUUGGAUUUCUCUCCCUUGGACCUUCUUCAAUAUGCCCGGGGAAUGCUGGAUUUUUAGAUCAGCAGUUGGCAUUGAGAUGGGUCCAAGAAAACAUCGAUGCAUUUGGCGGUGACAAAGACAACGUGACUAUCUUUGGUGAAAGUGCUGGAGGAAUGUCUGUCAACAUGCAUAUGUUGUCUCCAUUAUCACGCGGUCUGUUCCACAAAGCAAUUAGUCAUAGUGGACAAGCAACUUUAAAAGGAUUUUUUCAAACGGUCGAGAAGAAUUCUGAGAAGAAUGAAAAAUGUUUUAAGCAUUUAAAGAUUGAAGAAAAAGAAGAUUGUAAAAUUCUGGAAGCAUUACAAAAGAUUCCAGCCGAUGACUUAGUCAAUUCGUGUAUGCAAUUGUCAAUGCAAAGGAUUUCUUUUCUCCCUACUCUUGAUGGUAAGGUGUUUUGUAAAACUCCAGAAGAAUAUGUAAACGACAAAGAAUUUGUUAAAGUGCCGUAUAUUCUUGGAUGCAACAGCACAGAAGGACAAGGAAUAUUAUCAAGCUCAUCCCCUAAUUUUAUGACCGGUAUAAAAGACGUGGAAGAGGUUUAUAAAUCAUUAUUCACUCCUGUAACAAAGGAAGGUUUCGAAAAGUGCAAAGAAUUCUACUCGGUGGACGAUCAAGACGAACUGCGGUUCAGUAAACUACAGGGAAGCAUAAUGGGCGAUUCAAUGUUUGUUGCUCCCGCUGUCAAGGUUGCUUCAUCUCAUUCGGAUACUGGCGCACCAACAUACGUUUAUCAUGGAAACUUUCAGCUUAAACUAUUCCACGACAGAGAAUAUGGACCAGAAGUUGGAUUAAAGCCGAGUUGGUGCAUUUGCGACCAUGGCGAGGAUGUUAUCCUGACGUUUGGAGUUCCAUUUUCACCGAACGAACUUCCUUUGGGUACGAAAUAUACCGAAGAGGAAAAGCAAAUGAGUAUCGAUUUCAUGAAGUAUUUGACAAAUUUUGCAAAAACAGGAAAUCCCAAUAAGGGGCAGAAAGUGGAUAUCAAUUGGCCCCAAUACAAAACCAAAGGAAAAUAUCUCAUUGUUAAUAUCCCAUAUUCAAUCGGAGAAAAUUUGGCAGAAAAAGAAGCAGAAUUCUGGAACGAAGUGAUGCCCGAUUACGUGAUUGAAUGAUUGAAAGAAUAUAACAGAAACUUUAUAGCUACAACACCUAUAGUUAGAUUUAAAUUAUAGCUUCUAUAAUUUUCAGAAAAUAGUAUCAAAGCAAUUUAUGACGAUUCAGUUGCUUGUAUAUUUAUAUUAUUAACGAAUAUUCUAUUCCAAAUUAAAGUUUAUAAUAACA